AUGUUCAAUCAACAUCGUAUUAUAACCAUCACCUCUUUUGUCGUCCAUGGACAUGGAGUAUCGGACGAUGAUGUUGCAUUCAUAGAAAUUGGUGCAUUGGAGGUGAUGAUGGAAGGGGGUUCUUCAGGGAAGAAAAAAAGAGCUGCUAAGAGCCAAGAUCACGACUUUGCACAGUUGAUCUUUUCAUGGUCUCUUGACGACAUACUCAAUGACAACCUUUAUGAACACCAGGUGGAAAAAAUACCACUUACUUUCCAAUCUGAAGAACACUACUUUCGUUCUUUUGUGUAUCCUUUGCUUGAGGAAACACGUACUGAAUUGGCUUCCAGUAUGAAGAUGAUGUACAAAGCUCCAUUUUCUGAAAUUUCUUCUUUUAAGAAGGCCAAAGGAAAAGAGAAAACGAUGUAUGAUGUUACUGUUGCCACUUGGAGAAACAGUGAACGCCAAAAAGAGCCUUAUCAGACUUUACCUGGUGAUCUGCUUAUCUUAAAAAAUGGGGAACCCGGAUCUGUUUCUGAUUUACAGAGUGUGGGUAGUACAUGGGCUUUUUUAUUAGUAAAUAACACAGAGGAUGAUGAUAGUGGUACACCCGUACAGUUUAAAGUCACUGCAUCACAAAAGAUUGAAUUCCAUGAUGGGAUGUUUGUUGCUUUCUUGAUGAAUAUAACAACCCAGAAAAGAAUCUGGAAUUCAUUGCACAAGCAUGCAAAUCUUGAUAUUAUCAAAGAGAUUCUUUACCCUGAUUCAGUGGUUAACGAGAGGUGUGACAUGUGUUCAUUAGGUUGCAAUAGUUCUAUCCAGAGAUUUGAUCAAAGUCUUGUUUCUAAACUGAAUGAAUCUCAGAAAGCGGCUAUUAUGGCUGCAAUUAGUAAAAUGGAAUGUUGUCGUAAAUCCUCUGUGGAACAAAUAUGGGGCCCACCUGGAACAGGGAAGACAAUGACUGUAAGUGUGAUGCUCUCUAUCUUCUUGCAAAUGAAGUGCAGGACACUUACAUGUGCUCCAACGAAUGUUGCCAUAGUAGCAGUAGCUUCUCGUGUUCUAAGCUUGGUAAAGGAAUCAUCUAAAACUGUAACUGCAAGUGGUGAUUCGUUUUGUUCCAUUGGAGAUUUGCUAUUGUUUGGCAACAAGGAGAGGUUGAAAGUUGGAAAAGACAUUGAAGAAAUCUAUUUGGAUCAUCGGGUUGAGAAGCUUACAGAAUGCCUUGGAUCUCUGACUGGUUGGAAGCAUUGCAUAAAAUCUAUGGUUGAUUUACUUGAAGAUUGUGUUUCUCAAUAUCAUGUUUUUGUGGAAAAUGAAUCGAUGAAAGAAAAACAGGUUACAAAUGAAAACAAAAGUAAAACGAACAUCUUGAAAAUCAAAUCCUUCAUGGAGUUUGUGCGAGUACGAUUCAGUUCUUUUGUACAACCACUCAAAAGGUGCAUUAUCACAUUCUGUACUCAUAUCCCAAGAAGUUUCAUGAAGCAAGAAAAUUUCCAAACUAUGGUCUCUCUUUUGGAUAAUCUAAGUUCUUUGGAAUCGUUGUUGUCCCAGAAGAACCUGGUUUCUGAAGAACUUGAGAAAAUUUUCGUUUCUAAACCUUUGGAAGGUGAUUUUGUUAAGUCAGGUGAUAUGUCAUCGAUCAAUUCUGUCAGAAUCAUGUCUCUUUCUCUUCUAAAAAGGCUGCAGACCUCUCUAGGAGGACUCAAGCUGCCAGGUGGCAACAGACAUGCAAUAAUACGGUUUUGUUAUGAAAGAGCUUCUCUUUUAUUCUGCACAACUUCUACCUCCUACGCGUUACAGAAAGUCAAAAUGGAGCCUUUGAAGUUACUGGUUAUAGAUGAAGCUGCUCAGAUGAAAGAGUCUGAAGCCAUCAUUCCCCUUCAAAUUCCUGGAAUGAAACAUGCUAUUCUCAUUGGAGAUGAGUGCCAAUUACCUGCAACAGUUAAAAGCAAUGUUUCUAGUGAAUGUGGCUUGGGAAGAAGCUUAUUUGAAAGAUUGAGUUUGUUGGAUCAUUCUAAGAACCUGCUUAAUGUUCAAUACAGAAUGCAUCCUAAAAUAAGUUCCUUCCCAAAUAGGAAGUUUUAUCAAAAUAAAAUUCUGGAUGCAGAAAAUGUGACAAGUAAAAGUCAUGGAAAACAAUAUCUUUCAGGACCGAUGUUUGGUUCGUAUUCAUUUAUAAAUAUUGUUGGUGGAAAAGAAGAAGGUGAUGAUGCUGGGAGCAAAAGAAACAUGGUUGAGGUGUCUAUUGUGGUUAAGAUAGUUCAGAAACUUUAUAAAGCAUGGCACAAGUCCAAGAAAAAGGUUAGCAUUGGUGUUGUAUCUCCUUAUGCUGCACAAGUUGCAUCGAUUGAAGAGAAAAUUCGUUACAAGUAUGAGAAACGUGAUGGAUUUUCAGUAACUGUAAAGUCAAUCGAUGGAUUUCAGGGUGGAGAAGAAGAUAUCAUAAUUCUAUCUACUGUAAGAUCGAACAGCCAUGGGAAUGUUGGAUUCAUGUCUAGUCCUCAAAGGACUAAUGUUGCCUUGACUAGAGCAAGGCAUUGUCUCUGGAUAUUGGGGAACGAAAGAACCCUAGCUCGUAGUGACUCGAUAUGGAAAGAUUUAGUGAAUGAUGCAAGGAAUCGCCAUUGUUUGUUUGAUGCUAAUGCUGAUAAAUGCUUGAAGAAGAUAAUAAUAAAUGCAAAGAAAGAGAUAGAACCACUUAAUGAUAUGGUUAAGGGGAAUAGCUUACUUCCUAAACAUGUAAAAUGGAAGAUUCUCUUCAGCGAUAAUUUCAGAAAGUCAUUUGAAAAACUGUCAGAUUCUCACAUGAAGAAUGUAGUUGUAGAUUUUCUACAAAAACUUUCUGGUGGAUGGAGGCCCAAUGAUGGAAACAUAGAUUGUCAAACAUCAUCAAAGGUAUUGAAAACAUAUAAGGUUGAAGGGCUCCACCUUAUUUGCACGAUUGAUAUCAUCAAGGAGUUGAAGUACAUACAAGUUCUGAAGGUUUGGGAUAUAUUACCUAUAAAGGAGAUUCCAAAACUGAGAAAACAACUUGACAGCAUGUUGGCUACAUACACUGAUUCUUAUUUGAAUCGUUGUGCAACAAAAUGUUUGGAGGGAAACUUGGAAAUUCCUAAGAGUUGGGCAACAUCAAAAGCAAUUAUCCAAUUUCGGGAUGUAAUAAAAUGUGAAGAUGACAAUGAAGUGAGUGAAAGCUUGUUGCAUAUGAAGUUCUACUCCUUAUCACCUGGGAUGGUGGAAUAUUUGCGUUUUGGUAGAGAAAUUGAUCUACCUGUGAAUCUCUCUGAUGAACAAAUGGACAUAUUUUUGUAUUCCAAAAGUUCAUGUAUUAUUGGGCAAUUAGGAACAGGCAAAACCACUAUAUUGACAAUGAAGUUGUUACAAAAUGAGCAGUCUUUUCGUGCUAUUUGUAAAGCAGAAAGCAGCCGAGUUAAAGAUGCUGAAGUUGAUGAUGAUCAUGAAGAAAGGAAACCGACUGUUUUGCGACAGCUUUUUGUGACAGUUGACCCAAAAUCAUGCUAUGUGGUGAAGCAACAUGUCUCCCAAUUUCAAAGUGUUUCAUAUGAUGGGAAUUCAUCAAGAGAGAUUAAUCUUGAUGAUGUAGAUAUAACAUCAGAAUCUGAUGUGCCAGACACAUUUGUUGAUGUCCCUGAGAAAAGUUAUCCUCUUGUGAUAACAUUUCAUAAGCUUCUGAUGAUGUUGGAUGAAACAUUGGGUGAUUCAUUCUUUACAAGAUUUCAUGAAGCAAGAGAAGACUCUCAUGGUAACCAUAUAAUUUCAAGAUCUGUUGCAUUGCAAACUUUCAUAAGAUCAAGAAACGUUACAUUUGACAGAUUUUGUUCACUCUAUUGGCCUGAAUUUGAAUCAAGUUUGACAAAGAACCUUGAUCCAUCUAGAGUGUUCACUGAAAUAAUGUCUCAAAUAAAAGGAAGCUUGCAAGCAGGAGAUAAUUUUGAUGGCAAACUGAGCUCUGAAGGUUACUCUUUAUUGUCAGAAGGUUGUGCAUCCACUUUAACAAAACAGAAAAGAGACACUAUAAGCUCCCUCUUUGAAGCCUAUGAAAAGAUGAAAGCUGAACGUGGAGAUUUCGAUUUGGGAGAUUUAGUAAAUGAUCUUCAUCAUCGACUUAAAACCAGGGGUUAUGAAGGCGACCAAAUGGAUUUUAUAUACAUUGAUGAAGUGCAAGAUCUUAGUAUGAGGCAGAUUUCUCUUUUCAAAUAUAUUUGCCAAAAUGUUGAUGAAGGCUUUCAUUUUGCUGGUAAUACUGCACUGAACAUUGCAAGGGGGGUUGAUUUUAGGUUUAAAGAUAUACAAUCUAUGUUCUAUAAAGAGUUUGUAAGGACCAGAUCAAUCGAAAAACAAGAGAAAGCUAAUGUAUUGGAGAUUUUUCAACUAAAACAGAACUCCAGAACUCAUAUUGGUGUGCUCCAGUUAGCUCAGAGUGUCAUUUACAUUCUAUACUCUUACUUUGCUCACUCGAUUGAUAUUUUGGAGCCUGAGACUAGUUUUAUUUCUGGACAAGCUCCUGUUUUACUCAAGUCUGGCAAUGAUAAAGAUGGGAUUGUGACAAUCUUUGGCAACACAGGAACAAGUGAAAAAACUGUUAGCUUUGGUGCUGAACAGGUGAUAUUGGUUCGCAAUGAAUGUGAGAAGAUUGAGAUUUGUAAAGAUGUUGGAAAUCAGGCUCUUGUUCUCACUAUAGCAGAGUGCAAGGGUCUUGAGUUCCAGGAUGUCUUGCUAUACAACUUUUUUGGAUCAUCCCCUUUGAAAGACCAGUGGAGUGUUAUAUAUGGAUACAUGAAAGAACAUGAUUGGCUUGAUGAGAAACUUCCUCAGUCUUUUCCGAGCUUCAAGGAAUCGAAACAUAAUGUCUUGUGUGAUGAAUUGAAACAACUGUAUGUUGCUAUAACUCGGACAAGACAAAGAUUAUGGAUAUGUGAGAACAAAGAGGAGCUCUCCAAACCAAUGUUUGACUACUGGAAAAAGAGGGGCCUUGUGCAAGUGAGGAAGCUGAAUGAUUCAGUAGCACAAGCAAUGGGAUGUUCAAGCAGCCCUCAGGAAUGGCUGGAGUGUGGUAAAAAGCUUUUCUAUGAGAACAUAUUUGAUAUGGCAACCAUGUGCUUCGAAAGAGCUGGAGACUUGAAGUGGGAGACAAUGGCCAAGGCUUUUGGUCGUAGAAAAUCUGCUGAAGAAAUUCGUGGAAAAAAUCCUGAAAAAGCUUCAUGUUAUCUUAGAGAAGCUGCAGAAAUGUUCGAGUCUAUUAGGAAACUUGAGUUAGCAGCUGAAUGUUAUUGUGAUUUGGGAGAGUAUGAAAGAGCUGGAAAAAUCUAUUUGGAUAAGUGUGGGGACAUUAAUGCAGCAGCAGAGUGUUUCAUGCUAGCCGGAUGUUAUAGUGAUGCAGCUGAAGCUUAUGCCAAGGGACAUCAGUUUUCUAACUGUUUGUCGGUUUGCAGAAAAGGGGAACUUUUUGAUAAAAGCUUGAAGUAUGUAGAAUAUUGGAAUGAGCAUGUUCAUGUUCAAAGUAGAGAAAUCAAUAAAGAUGAGCAAGAUUUUCUGGAGGGUUGUGCUCUUUAUUACUACGAGCCCAAAGACCAUAAAUCCAUGAUGAAAUUUGUCAGAGCCUUUCGUUCUAUGGAAUCAAAACGUGUUUUCUUAAGGUGGUUAGGCUGCCUUGAUGAUCUUAUGUUGUUGGAAGAAGAAUCAGGACAUUUCCUUGAUGCUGCUGAGCUUGCAGGGUCAUGUGGUGAUGUUUUGAAAGAGGCUGAUCUUUUGGAGAAGGCUGCUCAUUUUAAGGAAGCAACAUUGCUCAUACUUUGGUAUGUGUUCUCUAACUCAUUAUGGGGAAAUGGAAACAUGGGUUGGCCAUUGAAGCAUUUUUCUCAGAAGAAUGAACUUUGUAAGAAAGCAAAAUCACUUGCAAAAAUGGAUUCGGACAAUUUGUAUGAUUUUGUUUGUAGUGAAAUUAAAGUACUCACUACUCAACAGAGUAGCUUGUCAAAGCUGAAGAAGCAUUUAGAUGCUUCUCAACAACACAAGAGUCUGAGGGGAGAAAUCUUAUCGAUCAGAAAGAUUUUGGAUGCUCAUCUCCAGUUGGAUAUUGUAAAGUAUAACUGGGAGGAUGAGUUACCCUCUGAUAUUAGUAAGUAUGUAGAGGACAAGAUCUCUCAGAAUCAAGUUUCUGUUAGAACUCUGGUUUUUUAUUUUAAUCUCUGGAAGAACAACAUCAUGGAUAUCUUCCAGAGUCUUGGAGGCCUUGAGAAUGCAGAAGCAAAUCAGCAUGAGGGUCAUGUUGAUUUCUGUUUAAAUUAUUUUGGUGUGAGGAAACAAUGUGUAAAAGGAAACAUUGUUUACUUGUUAGUCAACAAGGAUUUUGAUUGGGUAAGAAAUCUUGGUGAUGACAAGGGGCUUCAUAGGGAUGGAAAGAUUCUAACUUUGGAUAGCAAGCAGUUGGGGCUUGCUAUUCGGUCAUAUUGGCAGUCAGAAUUACUUUCUGUGGGUGUAAAGGUGCUUGAAACUCUUCAAUCGCUUUAUAAUUUGACUCUAAAGGGUUCUUCAUUUCACCAAAGCAUAUCUCUUCUUCACAUUUUUGAGGUAUCCAAGUUUCUUUUAGAUUGUCAGUAUCUCAACCUCACAGUUGAUGAUAUGAAGAUUUUGCAAGUUUUUCUUGGAAGCUCUAUGAUAUAUUUUGACUAUGUGUUUCCAUUAGACUGGCGAAAAUCAGUCUCUUGGAACUUGAUUGCCUUAAGGGAGAGUGAUCUUUCAAUGAACUUGCUUGAGGAAGUUAUUCUUCAGUACCUCAACAUCGAAAGUGACCUCACUUAUUGGACAAUUGGGAAAGUGAUGAUGAUAUGUCUUGGUUCCAGAAAAUCUUUUGCACUUCAUGAGAAGAUUAUGAGGGGCCUUCAAUGGAAUCCCUUAUGGAAGUCAUUCGUUGAGAAAUUUCAGGAAGGUGGCUUCAAUGAUGUUUAUGUUGCUCCAUCACUCCAUAAUGCUAUGGUAGAUACUUAUAGAGCCUACUGGAUGUUUCCUGGCCACAUAUCACCUCACAGUUUUGUAUAUCUCUUGGAUCGUCUUCUAUUCAUGGCAUCUUUCUCCUCAGGAGUCUUUUUCACAACAAAAUCUUCUUUUGUUGAAUGGUCGUGUACUCCAGAUACAACUUUCUCAGAUUCCAAGCAGAUCUUUUCGAAGGAUAUCACAGACUUUCUUGUUGGAAUAGUUCAGCAUAUUCUAUACAAAAAAGAGGAAACCAUAUCAUGGAUUGAACGAUCAAACAUUGUUGUCUCUUAUUACCAUCCACUGAUAGCAUUGAAGUUGGUUAUGAUAGUUGCUUUAAUUUCUUUGCAAUUAUCAGAUUGUUCCCAAGUAGUAUUUGAUUUGCUGUUGGGGUGGAACAACAUUGCUUAUUUGCUUCCCAAGAAGUUUGUAGGUGAUCUUCUAAGGAGAAGAAACGGUUGUAUCUUGAGUUUAAAUCCAGAUACGGUUGCAGAAGCAUUUGCAAGCAUAGAAGAUCCUCUUCUAAUUGUGAGUUCGGAAAAUGCAACUCCAAGAGUCCAUGCUCCAGGUGCAAUAUUUGUGGACCUUAAGAGACCUAGAGAAGAGAUCAUGAGUGUAUUGUUCCCAGGUGAAUUUACAGUUAAUUUCCAGAAAGACAAAGCUACAGUGAUAACUGAGGCGAAUCAUGUUGAGGAAACCUGUGAUGAACAUAGCAAUGGUGAUCAUUCACUGGUGGAAUCAAUUCUAGAAAAACAAAGCAGCAAUGAGAACAUGCAGGGUGCAGAAAUCAAUAAAGGGAGACAAAGAACAAGGGGGAGGAGGGGUAAAAAUAACAAAGCAUGCAAUGACCAGAAGCAGCUUUCUUCUCCAUCUGAUAAGAGUUUCAGUCAUCGUGAAGUGGAGCUUUCAGUUUCUAAGAGUCAUGAAAAGGCGACUGUGCAAAUCCAUGAGUGGCUGCAAAGUAGCAGACCAAUGGUAGAUUGCAGCAACAUGUGUGAGGUUCUUCACGAGGAGAAUCAUGUUGAGGAAACUUGUGAUGAACAUAGCAUUGGUGAUCAUUCACUGUAUGAACAGGAGGUGGAAAAACAAAACAUUAACAAUAACUCUCAGCAUUUAGGAAGCAAGAUAGGGAUGGGAAAUAACGAAAAGAAGAAGAGUAAAAACAACAGAAGUAGCAACACUCAAAAUGCAUUCUCUAAUGUUCUAUUGGAUGGACAAACUUGUGCCAGAGAAGGUAGAACUCUACAUGAAGCAAAAAACUCAUGGGAUGACCUUACAACUCUACAUGAAGGAAACAACUCAUGGGGUGACCUUACAACUCCACCCAAAGCAAACAACUCAUGGGAUGACCUUACAACUAAACAUGUAGGAAACAACUCAUGGGGUGACCUUACAACUCUACCCGAAGCAAGAAACUCAUGGGAUGAUCUUACAAAUCUACAAGAAGGAAACAACUCAUGUGAUGACAUGAAGCAACCUUCUUACCCAUCUAAUAUGAGUCAACCCAAAGUGGAGCUUCCUGUUUCUACUAGUGGCAAAAGGAGAAAUGUCCAAGCAACUGUGGAGAGGUGGAGAAAUGAGAACACACAAGAUGCAGAAAUCAAAAAAGGGAAGGGAAAGAAUAAAGGAAAGUCACCGGUCAAAUUGGUGCUUGAACAACAAACUAGCAAUAAGAACACUAAGGAUGUGAAAAUCAAGAUAGGGAAGGGAAAGAACAUUGAUAAGGGGAGUAAAAAAAACAAAGGCGAAAACUGUGGUAGCAAAACAAAGCAGCAAUGA